CAACUUUUGGCACCGCGCACUUCCGGUGCAUGCGUGUUGUGCUGGCCGCACUCAUGGGGUCGCGCGUGGAGCUGGGGUUCGCGGAGGAGGCGGCCCCGUGGCGCCUGAGCAGCGCCCAGUUCCCCAGCAAGGUGGGGGGGCGGCCGGCGUGGCUGGGCGAGUCCGGGCUGCCGGGCCCCGCCGAGCUGCGCUGCGGACGGUGCGGGCGGCCCUGCGCCUUCCUGAUGCAGCUCUACGCGCCGCUCCCCGGCCGGCCCGACGCCUUCCACCGCGGCCUCUUCGUGUUCUGCUGCCGCGGGCCCGCCUGCUACCGGCCCGGCGCCCAGGGGCCGCUACGAGUUUUUAGGAACCAGCUUCCGAGAAAGAAUGACACCUAUUCCUAUGAUCCACCACCUGAAACGCCCCCUCCUGAAGGGCAUCCCCCUGUGGGCCUGCAGCUUCAAUGUGGAGCUCAUCUAUGCAGAGUCUGUGGCUGUUUAGGGCCAAAGGCAUGUUCCAAAUGUCACAGGGCCCAUUACUGUAGUAAAGAUCAUCAGACUGUAGAUUGGAAAUUGGGACACAAACUAUCUUGUGCGCAGUCAGCUCAGCUGGACACUGCAAUUCCAGAUCACAAGUUCCUUUUUCCAGAGUAUGAAAUUGUAAUAGAACCUGAGGAAAUGGAAACGCCUGGUGACAGUCAAACAGAUGCAGAUACACAAAAGAACUUGGAGAAACAUGACGAACUGGAGGCUGCAGGCAGUGCAAGUGAAGGUUUUGAGUCACUAGAUGAGGAGGUAUUGGAGGCAAUGGCAAAACAUGAGACUCGAGAAGACAAGAUUUUCCAAAAGUUUAAAAAUCGAAUAGCUGCAGAGCCAGAACAGAUUCUCAGAUACUGUCGAGGAGGAGAAGGUCCCAUAUGGAUCUCAGGUGAAAACAUUCCUCAGAUGAAAGAUAUUCCAAAUUGUUCAUGUGGUGCUCAAAGGAUGUUUGAAUUCCAAGUUAUGCCACAACUACUGAACCACCUGAAGGUUGAUAGCCUAGGAGAAAGUAUUGACUGGGGAACGCUGGUAGUCUACACAUGUGCUGAAAACUGUAACCAAGCAAAUGGAUAUAUGGAGGAGUUCAUCUGGAAGCAGGACAUUACUGCAGACUCUACUUAACUACUAUAAAUUUAUUUUUAGUUUCUGUAAAGAAAUGAAUUGAGUUUAUACACAUGUACUGAAGUAUUCACAUUGCACAAAGGAAAAAAGGUAAAUGAACUAUUAUUUCAUACUGAGGAACUAGCCCAGAGUUGUAUCACCUUUAAUGUGUAUAUUGUAAUUAAAUUAUAGCUAAGUCAUUCAACUGUCAGUU